GACUGCCUAAUGUUCGUAAAAAUCGCGCAGGAAUGGGUAAGUUUCCGCCCCACGGCGUCAGCGUUUGGUCCAAGGACCUGUGCUACCACGGUUUCGGGCAGCAGUUCGUCGAGGCAAUCUCCGUGCGGUUUUUCGCCCGCGCGUUGGUCUCCUUCGUGUUUUUCAAUUUGGAGGACAGCAUCACGGAAAUCACGGAGCAACUGGUAACAAACGUGCAAUUUGUGGAUCCGGAGACCAGUAGUGGUGAUGGCACGGAGCUGGAUGAAGACGAAGAUGUUGGUCAUCUUCUAGAUAGUGCACGCUCUGCCUCUGCCGAUGAGGGGAUAACUUCUGGCAAGGAGGAUCACGGUCGCAUUCCAGAGUCUGGAGGAAGAACAUCAAAUAAAUCCAAACCUUCCUUGGUCGCCUAUGUCAAAGUUGACAAGGCACUGCAACCGGGGGACUGUAUUGGGUGGCACUUCCAUCCUCUUCCGGCGGGCCUGUUCGACGAGAAGAACAGAGAUUCUGCUGGUGGCGGUGGUGCGGAGGUUAUCGAACCAGCAGGGGACGAAUCGGGACGGGUACAGGGUGACACAGCCUCGGCCGCUGCAUGGAGCAGUUCGACU